CCCGGCCGCGCGCGCGAGGGAUCGGCGGAGCUCUCGCGCCCGGUCCGGGUGGUGGCGAUGGGGCAGUGCCUGUCGUGGGCGCUGGGCCUCCUCCUGCCGUCGCUGUGGGAGGCCGAGGUCGCCAUCUCCGCCACGGCGCUGCUGAUCGCCGCGCUCGUCCUCUUCCUCCUGACGUCGGAACAGCACGCCACCAAGGCCACGGCCGGCGGCGACGGCGGCAGAAGCAACUCGCCAGGCUCCUCCUCAUCGCAUCCCUCUGCGGCCGCAGCCUGCCACCGUGAUGCCGGGCGGCGCGGCCGGAGCGGCGCCAGGGGCAAAGCGCCGCUCUCCGAAAUCUCUUGCGCCCCGGGCGCCGGCGGCUACGUCAUCAAGGUAACUGCCGCUCCGAGUUUAUCCACAGCAUUGCAGAGACACCCAUCUCGAUCGACCCCAUUGGCAACUCUGAUCGAUGUGCCGAUUGCAUUUGCAACGCACCUGUUGUUCUUGACGUGUUCGUCUGUGGGCUGUCAGCUGGAGCUGCUCUCUGCCAAGUACCUGAUCGGCGCCAACUUGGACGGCAGCUCCGAUCCCUUCGCCGUCAUCUCCUGCGGCGAGCAGAAGCGCUUCAGUUCCAUGGUGCCCAGCCCGAGAAACCCUCUGUGGGGAGAGGAGUUCAACUUCCUGGUCGAUCAACUCCCUGUAGAGGUAACCAUAACUAUAUAUGAUUGGGAUACUGCAUGCAAAUGCAAAGUUAUUGGAUCUGUAACUAUAGCUGUUCUCAGUGAAGACGAAACUGGGGCUAGUUGGUAUGAACUGGACAGCAAAUUUGGUCAGAUCUGCUUGCGUCUUCGUUCAACUAAAGCAUUCCCAGAUUCUGAUAGCUCCUUUGAAGAAUUUACUGGAGCUGAGUCCCCAAGAAAGAUGAUACUGAAGAAGCAACACCGAGAGAUGAUUGAAGGCAUUGGUCCUCUGCAAACCAUAUAUAAACUUCCUCAUGAUGAAAUUGUUCACCAAAGUUACUCCUGUGCUCUGGAGAGGUGUCUCUUGUACCAUGGCCGUAUGUACAUCUCUCAAUGGCAUCUGUGCUUCCGCUCUAACGUAUUCUCCAAACAAUUGAAUGUGAUUAUUCCAUUACAGGACAUAGACGAGAUAAAAAGAAGCCAGCAUUCUCUUAUCAACCCAGCCAUUACUAUUUUUCUUAAUGCUGGUGCAGGUGGACAUGGAACACCUCGUUCAUGCAGUCAAAAUGGAAGGAUUAGGUAUACCUUCGCAUCAUUCUGGAGUAGAAACCGUACAUUUAGAGCUCUAGAGACCGCAUUACAAAGUUAUGAAGCAACCUUGGAAGCUGAAAAACAGGUGAGAGCACAUGUACUUCUUCAAAACGAAAGUAACAGCGUACUCGGUAGCAAGACAGACAGCAUAAAGACACCAGAAAAAAACAUUGAGAAGUCAACAUUGCAGCCUUUCAUCAACGAACAUGUUCUUGCAGAUGUAACCAGUAAGUUCUUCCCUGGUACAACGGAGAAGUUUUUCAGUACAAUAUUGGGUGACAAUUCAAUGUUUUUCCAGCAAUACCGAGAUGCAAGAAAAGAUACAGACUUGAAGCUGAGCAAGUGGUGUGCCUCAGAAGAGUACGGUGGCAGGGUUCGUGAAGUAACGUUCAGGUCACAAUGCCACAGUCCUUUGUGUCCUCCAGACACCGCGGUGACAGAAUGGCAGCAUGCUUCUUUCUCAAAGGAUAAGAGAAACUUGAUAUAUGAGACGAAGCACCAGGCACAUGAUGUUCCUUUUGGUUCUUACUUUGAGAUCCACUGCAGGUGGUCAUUAACAACCUCCAGUUCAACAUGUCAAAUAAAUAUAAAGAUCGGGGUAAACAUGAAGAAAUGGUGCAUAUUACAAUCCAGAAUAAAAUCUGGAGCAACUGAUGAGUACAGGAGAGAAGUUUGCAAGAUUUUGGAGGCUGCUUGUGAUUAUUUCCUCAAAUCUGAAUCAAAUAUCCAUGACAGUGAUGAGAUUGUGAUGGCAUCUUCACCGUGAAAACAUGCAUAUGAAAAUCACAUAGAGAGUGCCA